AUGAAGAUUUCUCCAUUGGAGAAAGUUCGCAAUACAAAGCGAAAGAAAGCGCCUCGUCAGGCUGGACUUCUUGAUAUCAUGCGAGGGGCAUCAUGCCUGGACUACGUUUUUCUUCUGCUUGGUGUUGUGUUCAGCCUCGUCAACGGAGCUAUAUUGCCUCUGAAUUCGCUUGUAUUCCAAGGAAUGGCAGACACUCUGAUUACUGGCGAACGUAAUCACUCAAGGAAUGAGCUCGACAUGGAUGUCUUUACCACCAAUGUUCUACUUUACUGUGGCCUUUACCUCGGUCUAGGUUUUGCACUACUCGCAAUUGGAUACAUUUCGAAUGCGAGUCUGUAUACGCUGUGCGAGCGACGGAUACACUCCAUUAGAGCCAGGUAUCUUCGUGCAGUACUGCGUCAGGACAUGACAUGGUUGGAUCAACAACAAACGGGAGCACUUACCAUGAAAAUGAGCAGUGGAAUGGAACGAAUAAAGGAUGGUAUCGGAGAUAAGCUUGGACUAAUCCUCGCGUCGAUUGGAAGUUUCAUCGGUGGAAUCUCACUGGGUUUCUAUUUGAGUUGGCGUAUGACAUUGGUAAUGCUCAUCACGGUACCAUUGCUGAUAGGAGCAACGCAAUUUUCUGGAAAGGUGGGACAAAUGCUAGGAUUGAUCUCCUUGUGGCUGUUACUUCAUCUGACGAAGAACAUUCCGCAUCACACUCGACCUUCGAGUUCUUAUCUAAAGAAUGAGAAACUACGGUAG